AUGCUGAAGAGCUACCAGGUGGUUUACAUUGGCCUGGAGCUGCUGAUCGCUCUCCUGGCUGUAGCUGGAAACAUCCUGGUGUGCUGGGCCGUCUGCCUCAACUCCAACCUGCAAAGCAUCACCAACUUCUUUGUGGUCUCACUGGCAGUGGCUGAUAUUGCUGUGGGGCUGCUGGCCAUCCCUUUUGCAAUCACAAUUAGUAUGGGCUUCUGUGCUCAUUUCUACGGCUGCUUGUUCAUCGCCUGCUUCGUCCUCGUGCUCACUCAGAGCUCCAUCUUCAGCCUGCUGGCCAUCGCCAUGGACCGUUACAUCGCGAUCAAAAACCCUCUCAGGUACAACAGUGUGGUGACAGGUCAGAGGGCAAAGUGCAUCAUAGCACUGUGCUGGACCCUCUCAGUUGGCAUCGGACUCACACCCAUGUUUGGCUGGAACACAGGGUGGAACUCCACCAUCACCGCUGUAGGAACCACCAGCUGUCCUGAAGGCAUGACCCAAUGUUUGUUUGAGGAAGUAGUCACCCUGGACUAUAUGGUCUAUUUCAAUUUCUUUGGCUGCAUUCUGGUUCCUCUGCUGCUCAUGCUGAUCAUCUACGUCAACAUCUUCAUGGCGGCGAGGCGGCAGCUCCGACUGAUGAGCGUCAAAGUCGCUCACACACCUGCCCCCGGACAGAAAGCGCCGUCUUCCAGCUCGUCCCGUUCAGUCCUGCAGAAGGAAGUGCACGCUGCUAAAUCUCUGGCCAUAAUUGUAGGUUUGUUCGUUCUCUGUUGGCUUCCUCUGCACAUCAUCAACUGUUUCAACCACCUGUGUCAGGGCUGUGAGCGCCCACACAUCUGGGUGAUAAACAUCGCCAUCAUCCUCUCCCAUGCUAACUCCGUUGUGAAUCCCUUCAUCUAUGCCUACCGCAUUCGGGAGUUCAGGCAGACGUUUCGAAAGAUCUUUUACCAACACAUCCUGAGACGGAGAGAAGCACUUGGGGCUGGGAACGCUGAUAGCAGGGGUGUUGGGAGCAAUGGCAUCAGACGCAUCUCCCAAACCAGCAAAGAGGGUUCAACGUGUGGCACGACUGUGAACAGCUUCAUCCUGGACCCUUAUCCUGAUCAAACAAGACACAGUGCUUCACAUGAACCUUCUAGCUGUUGGAUAUCAAGUUUAGACGUGUCAUCAAGCAGCUGCAUACCCAACGGACACCACGUAACGAGUGGGAGCUUGACAUUUUCUGCACAGGAUGCAUCAAAAUCAGUCAUGUGUUUACAGGAAGCAGCAGAUGUUUUAGAACUCAAAGACAGAGGAAGCUGCGCUGCUUUUGCAAACAUUCAAGCUCUCCCCCCAAAUCAGAUGGACUGCACCUGUUCUGCAAAGAUUACAGAGGUCUCGUGA